AUGACGCAGUCACCGCAUGGGCCCGUGGCCCUGUCCCGUGUUUCGGGCUGGCAUCUGGAUAUUGAUCGCGUCUUGAAUCCGUUCAUUCCGGCACCCCGGUGGCACUUGAUCCCUCGGCCUCUGGCUUAUAUGCUGGGCCAUCGAGAGACACCGCCUGCACCUCUCGGGAACAUCGUGGUUGCGUUUUGGUCGCUGGUGGGCGCCUUUUGUGGCGUGGCAUUAGUGUCCGAGGUCUCGAAGCGUGUGCCAUCCUUUGAGGCUCGCGAUGCGCCGACAAUAGUUGGCAGUUUUGGUGCAGCCGCGGUGCUUGAAUUCUGCGCCAUCGAAUCGCCCUUCGCGCAGCCCCGCAAUGCAAUCGUGAGCCAGAUUAUCGCCUGCGUCGUCGGAGUCGGGAUCGCAAAGCUGUUUGCUCUGAACUCGCAUGCCGAGGCCUACACCGAGCUCGGGGGUGCCCUCGCCUGCGGCAUCACCACCGCAGUCAUGGUCCUCAUCAAUGCCGUCCACCCGCCGGCGGGCGCGACGGCUCUGCUGGCGGUCACGCACCCGCAGACAGUCGGACUGGGCUGGUAUCUCAUUCCGGUUAUGCUGUUGGGCAUUGCGCUUAUGCAGGCGGCAGCUCUGGUGCUGAACAAUAUCCAGCGUCGUUUCCCACUGUAUUGGUGGACUUCACAUCCUCUCUCUCGGCCUUCACAGGAUGUCGAGACGGCGCCGGACAAGGAAGCCCCUAGCGUGCCGAGUCAUUACGAGGAUAGUCUGACUGACGUUUCUCGACGACUGGUGCUGGAGCGGGGGGAUAUCUUGGUUCCGGAUGGGAUGUUUUUGUCGACGGAGGAACGAGAGGUGCUAGAAAGAAUUAGCGAGCGAAUAUGA